AGCUCCGGGUGUGCUGCCAACAAGCUGGACCUGUUGCAGUUUCCCAGGCUAUCUGGGCUGCUGGAGUAGAGCCAUCAUGCCUAUCCGCGCCCUGUGCACUAUCUGCUCUGACUUCUUCGAUCACUCUCGCGACGUGGCUGCCAUCCACUGUGGCCACACUUUUCACUUGCAAUGCCUAAUCCAGUGGUUUGAGACAGCACCAAGUCGGACCUGCCCACAGUGUAGGAUCCAGGUUGGCAAAAAGACCAUUAUCAAUAAGCUUUUCUUUGACCUUGCCCAGGAAGAGGAGAGUGUCUUGGAUGCAGAAUUCUUGAAGAAUGAACUGGAUAAUAUCAGAGCCCAGCUUUCCCAGAAAGAGAGGGAGAAGAGGGACAGCCAGGCUAUUAUUGACACACUACGGGACACAUUGGAAGAACGCAAUGCCACAGUGGAGUCCCUGCAGAAUGCUUUAGGCAAGGCAGAGAUGCUGUGUUCCAGUCUUAAAAAGCAGAUGAAAUUCCUGGAGCAGCAGCAGGAUGAGACCAAACAAGCCCAGGAGGAGGCCCGCCGACUCAAGAGCAAGAUGAAAACCAUGGAGCGAAUUGAGCUCCUGCUCCAGAGCCAGCGGUCUGAGGUGGAGGAGAUGAUCCGAGACAUGGGCGUGGGACAGUCAGCGCUGGAGCAGUUGGCAGUGUACUGCAUCUCCCUCAAGAAAGAAUAUGAGAAUCUGAAAGAAGCUCGGAAGGCCGCAGGGGAGCUGGCUGACAAGCUGAAGAAGGACUUGAUUUCCUCUAGGAGCAAGUUGAAGACUGUCUGCACUGAGCUGGAUCAGGCCAAGUUAGAACUGAAGUCAGCCCAGAAGGACUUACAGAGUGCUGACAAGGAAAUCACGAGCCUAAGAAAGAAGCUAACGAUGUUGCAGGGAACCUUGAACCUGCCUCCAGUGUCCAGUGAGACUGUCAGCCGCCUGGUUUUUGAGAGCCCAGCCCCUGUGGAGAUGCUGAAUCCGAAGCUCCACCGGCCGUCCUUCAGUGAUGAGAUUGACCUCAAUGCUACUUUUGAUGUAAAAACCCCUCCAGCCCAAACGCCCAGCUCCCAGCACAGCCACCCCAAGAAGCUGGAGAGGACACACUCUCCUGUGGAGGACGUCCUCAAGAAGAUACCCAAAGUCUCCAAGCAGGAGUUCCAGCUCUCACUGGGUGGUCAGCGCUGUGUAGGAGAGCCAGAUGAGGAACUGACUGGUGGCUUCCCUGUCUUCAUCCGGAAUGCUGUCCGGGCCCAGAAACAACACAACAGGAGCACAGCGGAGUCCCGCUGCAGCACAGAUGUGGUAAGAAUAGGCUUUGAUGGACUUGGAGGACGAACAAAAUUUAUCCAGCCUACUGACACAGCCAUUAUCCGACCAAUGCCUGUUAAGCCCAAAGCCAGGAAUAAACAGAAAGUGAGAAUAAAGACUAUGAAUUCUCCUUCCCAGCCCAAGCUGGAUACCUUCAUGCGUCAAUGAACAGUGAACAGAGUCAUGUCUCCAAUUAGUAGGCCAAGACUUGGCUACCCAGAGAGUGUUUUAGAAGAUGGCUCAUCUUCUUGGACCAGUGCAGGAAGAGACACCCAGAAAAUGCACUCCUGUGUCCUCUUUGCCCUGAAGCACACUGGAUUGACCUCUGGGAGCUGACAUGACCAGUUUACAGUUCUACUCAGCAGGGCCGGCUUCUUUUUGCCAGGUUUUGCUUACAGCUCCAACCAGAUGUGGCUGGGUGCCUGUUUUUAUAGAACACUCACUUUUGACUAUAUAUGGAUGGAAGUGCUGGAGGACUCCUAAGCGGGCUAGCCUGAACUUCUGCCUGCCUCCAGCUCAUUGCUUGAAAUGGGGAACAAUAAGGGAAGGAUGGGGAAGAUUUCCAUGUAAAAUAAAAGGCAUCUUUUUUUU